AUGUCAUUCUCUGAAGCAGAGGUACAAAGUGCCCGCAGUGCCUGGGAGAAGAUGUAUGUAGAUGCUGAGGACAACGGGACAGCUGUGCUGGUCAGGAUGUUUACCGAGCACCCAGACACCAAGUCCUACUUCACACACUUCAAAGGCAUGGACUCCGCUGAAGAGAUGAAACAGUCGGAUCAGAUCAGAGGCCAUGGCAAGAGGGUUUUCACUACCAUCAAUGACAUGGUGCAACACCUGGACAACUCCGAGGCUUUUUGUGGGAUAGUGACCCCACUUGGCAAGAAACAUGCUACCCAGCUGAAGAUUGACCCCAAAAACUUUAGGGUUAUCUGUGACAUCAUCUUGCAAGUGAUGGAGGAGAAAUUUGGUGGAGACUGCAAAGCUUCCUUUGAGAAAGUGACCAAUGAAAUCUGCACUCACCUCAACAAUGUCUACAAAGAGGAGGGUUGGUGA